GGCGGCCGGCUUAGGAGCUGCCUGGGGCCGGCGGCGCGGAGGCGCGGGCUCAGCUGGCCCCGCGCGGCCUCGGGUGCCCAUGGGGGCCGGGGGGCCGGGCCGGUGACGCCGGACGCCCAUGGACGCCCCUGAGGAGCCGCAGCCGCCGGUGGUCUACACCAUGGAGAACAAGCCCAUCGUCACCUGUGCUGGAGAUCAGAACUUAUUUACCUCUAUUUACCCAACACUUUCCCAGCAGCUUCCAAGGGAACCGAUGGAAUGGAGAAGGUCCUAUGGCCGAGCUCCAAAGAUGAUUCACCUGGAAUCCAACUUUGUUCAGUUCAAGGAGGAGCUGCUGCCCAAAGAAGGGAACAAAGCCCUGCUCACCUUCCCCUUCCUCCACAUCUACUGGACAGAGUGCUGUGAUACUGAAGUGUACAAAGCUACGGUAAAAGACGACCUCACCAAAUGGCAGAAUGUUCUGAAAGCUCAUAGCUCUGUGGACUGGUUAAUAGUGGUAGUUGAAAAUGAUGCCAAGAAAAAAAACAAAACCAACAUCCUUCCCCGGACUUCUAUUGUGGACAAAAUAAGAAAUGACUUUUGUAAUAAGCAGAGUGACAGGUGUGUUGUGCUGUCUGAUCCCUUGAAGGACUCUUCUCGAACUCAGGAAUCCUGGAAUGCCUUCCUGACCAAACUCAGGACACUGCUGCUCAUGUCUUUCACCAAAAACCUCGGCAAGUUUGAGGAUGACAUGCGGACCUUGAGGGAGAAGAGAACAGAGCCAGGCUGGAGCUUCUGUGAAUACUUCAUGGUUCAGGAGGAACUUGCCUUUGUCUUUGAGAUGCUGCAGCAGUUUGAAGAUGCCCUGGUACAGUAUGAUGAGCUGGAUGCCCUGUUCUCGCAGUAUGUGGUCAACUUUGGGGCCGGGGAUGGUGCCAACUGGCUGACUUUUUUCUGCCAGCCAGUGAAGAGCUGGAAUGGACUGGUGCUCCGCAAGCCCAUAGACAUGGAGAAGCGGGAGCUGAUACAGAGGCAAGAAGCCACACUGCUGGACCUGCGAAGCUACCUGUUCUCCCGCCAGUGUACCUUGCUCCUCUUCCUGCAGCGGCCAUGGGAGGUGGCUCAGCGAGCCCUGGAGCUGCUGCACAGCUGUGUGCAGGAGCUGAAGCUCUUAGAAGUCUCUGUCCCUCCCGGUGCUCUGGAUUGCUGGGUGUUUCUGAGCUGUCUGGAGGUGUUGCAGAGGAUAGAAGGUUGCUGUGACCGGGCCCAGAUAGACUCCAACAUUGCCCACAUGGUGGGGCUGUGGAGCUAUGCAAUGGAAAAGCUGAAGUCCUUAGGGUACCUAUGUGGACUUGUGUCAGAAAAAGGACCCAACUCAGAAGAUCUCAACAGGACAGUUGAUCUUUUGGCGGGAUUAGGAGCUGAGAGACCAGAAACAGCCAACACAGCUCAGAGUCCUUAUAAGAAACUCCAGGAAGCCCUGUCAUCAGUGGAAGCCUUUGAAAAGCACUACUUGGAUUUGUCCCAUGCUACCAUUGAGAUGUAUACAAGUAUUGGGAGGAUUCGAUCUGCUAAGCUCGUUGGAAAAGAUCUGGCAGAAUUUUACAUGAGGAAAAGGUCGCCACAGAAGGCAGAAAUGUAUCUUCAGGGAGCUUUGAAAAAUUACCUGGCUGAGGGCUGGGCCCUGCCUGUCACACACACAAGGAAGCAGCUAGCCGAGUGCCAAAAACGCCUUGGGCAAAUGGAAAACUACUUGCAGACCAGCAGCCUUCUAGCCAGUGACCAGCACUUGCCGGAGGAGGAACGGAAGUACUUCUGCCAGGAGGUCCUCAGCUAUGCCAGCCAGCAAGAAGACAACCCAGCGCCAGCAGGAGGUGUGGCUCCAGUUGUGGACUGGGAGUGUGUGUUUGCAGGUCACAAGGUGGUGCUACCCAUGCACUCCUUUGCACGGCUGAAGGAUCUCCGUUUUGACCCUCCCAACGCUGUGGUCCAUGCCGGUGGUGUCCUGACUGUGGAGAUAACAGUGUGCAGCCAGAUGCCUGUCCCUGUCCAUGUGGACCAGAUCUCUGUCAAUGUCCACUUCAGCAUUGAAAAAAACAACUACCGGAAGACAGCUGAGUGGCUGACCAAGCACAAGACUUCCAAUGGGAUCAUCACCUUCCCAGCUGAGGCUUCCCUGUUCCCUGCAUCUCAGAACAGCCUGCCCGCCUUGGACUUGACGGAGAUGUUGGAAAGAAGUCCCUCUGAUAAUUCCUUGAACACCACAGGCAUCAUCUGUAGGAAUGUCCACAUGCUCCUAAGGAGGCAGGAGAGUGGCUCCUCUCUAGAGACACCCUCAGGAUUAGCCCUGGAGGAUGGGGCCCACGUGCUGAGGUGCAACAGUGUGACUCUACAGCCAGGAGUCAACAAGAUAGCAUUCAGGACCCAGGCCAAGGACCCUGGCACUUACACGCUGCGGCAGCUACGGGCCUCCUUGGGCCCGGUGUGGUUCGUCCUUGCGCACAUCCACCCUGUUGUACAGUACGACGUGUACUCUCAGGAGCCUCAGCUGCAUGUGGAGCCACUGGCUGAUAGCCUUUUGGCUGGCAUUCCUCAGAAAGUCAAGUUUACUGUCACUACUGGCCAUUACACAGUAAAGAACGGAGACAGCCUGCAGCUCAGCAAUGUUGAAGCCAUGCUCAUCUUGUGUGAGGCGGAGAACAGGGCCGUGGUCUACUCUAACUCAAGAGAAGAGAGCUCCACGGCCUCGCUCCGGAUCCAGGCCUCCGACAAGGUCACGAGCAUCGGUCUUCCCAGUGCACCGGCAUACCAUGUGAUUGAGUUUGAGCUGGAGGUUCUGUCUUUACCUUCAGCUCCAGCAGCUGGCGGGGAUACCAGGAUUCUGGGGACACCAGAGCCCCACAGGAAGCAGAAAGGCAUGCAGCAAACUGACCAUUGCAUGGUCACCACAGAUCACAAGGUGUCCAUCGAUUGCCCGUGGUCUAUCUACUCCACUGUCAUUGCACUGACAUUCAGUGUGCCCUUCAGGACCACGCACUCUCUGCUCUCUGCUGGAACCCGGAAAUAUGUCCAAGUCUGUGUCCAGAACCUAUCAGAACUGGACUUUGAGCUGUCAGACAGUCAUCUGGAAGACAUGGGUCCGGCUGCUGACCUGAGGCUGGCACCCCUGAACACACAGUCCCAGCAGCUUAUCCACAGCAAGCAGACUGUGUUCUUUGUCUGGGAGUUGACGUGGACACAGGAGCCUCCCCCUCCUCUGCACUGCCAGUUCUCUGUGGGGUUUUCGCCAGCUUCUGAAGAGCAGCUGACCGUCUCCUUGAAGCCCUACACUUACGAAUUUCAAGUGGAGAACUUUUUUACACUGUACAAUGUGAGAGCUGAGAUCCUCCCUGCUUCGGGGGCUGAGUACUGUAGGACAGGCUCGCUCUGCUCCUUGGAGGUAUCUAUCACACGGCUCGCUGACCUCCUGGAUGUGGACAAGGAUGAAGCCCUCGUGGAGUCUGAGGAAUAUUUUUCCACCAAGCUUAUGUACGAAGUUGUGGAUAACAGCAGCAACUGGGCUGUAUGCGGGAAGAGCUGUGGUGUCAUCUCCAUGCCCGUGGCUGCCCAGGCCACUCACAGAGUCCAUAUGGAAGUGAUGCCUCUGUUUGCUGGUUACCUCCCGUUGCCUGAUGUCCGACUGUUUAAGUACCUUCCCCAUCACUCUGCUCAUGCCUCUCAACUGGAUGCCGAUAGCUGGAUAGAAAAUGACAGCCUGUCAGUGGACAAGCACCUAGAUGACCAGCUGGACUGCAGCAGCGUUAGGAGUCGAGGCAGCACACACUCAGUUUCCAGCAGCGAGCACAAAGGCUUGCCCAUGCCCCGCCUCCAGGCACUGCCUGCUGGCCAGGUCUUCAACUCCAGCACUGGCAUGCAGAUCCUGGUCAUUCCCAGUCAAGAUGACCACGUCCUAGAAGUCAGUGUUACCUGACAAUGCCAUGGGCCAGUGAAGCCACAGUGGCCGUGAGUGCACUUUAGGGAUUGUGACUGGAUUGUGGUCUGUGGUAACACACUAGCUCUAACCAGACUUUGGCAGACCUGCCUAGCUACAGACACAGCAGAGAACAGUGUCUUUCAGCUACUCAGUGGAGUAGAGAGUCACCUCAUGUUGUCUGUGACACAGGAUUCAUUUUCAUUUUUUCAUCCCUGUCCCUGUCCCCGUGCUGGUAUCCCCAACUCAUUAUUCCCUCCCCACAAGACUGGUCUCCUCCAUUCUCUGGGUGGCUCCCCAUCCGCUUCCGUUUCUUUCAGGUGGACCUUCAGCAGACUCUGCAGGCUUCUAAUGGCACUGUGUGCCCUUCUGCUCACACAGCCCAGCCCCUGGGCGACCUGUGGGCCUCCUGAGGGAUGAAACACUGUCCUACACUCCAGAUUCCCUAGUUAUGGUUUUAUAGUAACACCGUUUGGGGCCAGGGGCUGGGGAGGGAGGGAACAUAACCCCUUCUGUGCCUUGGGAUGCCCGGCAGAUCACAAGGUCCAUCUGUAGAAGCCACGUGAAAGGUACUGGAGAGAGACGACCAGAACACAGGCAAGUGUGAUGUGGAGAUGGCUUAGGCUAAACAUUCUGGAUCCCUGAUUCUCCUAAUGUUGAUUGAAUAUCAUAUGCACUUGGAAUUAAAUCUAUAUUUAUUAUAACUGUUGGACGUGGGGGUUAAAUGUUUCCUCUCACUUUAAAGUCUGCUCAUGUAUUGUAGCUGUAUAGUCGACAUCUUUUGCACCUUAAGUCUUGGAACUGAAGAUGCUCCAUCUGGAGUGAAGAUGAGAGAGGUCUCUCUUGUGCUCUCGUCAGUCAUAAAGAAGGACUCAGGGCCUGGAGGAGCCUCUGCUGGUCCACUGGGUUGCAGUCAUACCGCACCAACGGGUUCAUUUACUUUUGGUUGUAAAUUUGAUUGUACAUAUUGUUGAUUUAUUAUUUUUAAGAGUACAGACUAACUGAUGUAAUGUUUGUGUAUAAGUUGCACCAAAAAUCAAGGACAAAAUAAAUGUGUGUUUGUUUUUACUGGUGUUGAAGUCAUAGCCUGUAAAUACAUGCUGUAUGUAUUAAACAUUUUCAUUCCUCUGAA